GUAACAUGUCUCUUCUCCGGUGCGGGAUUCGCCUCCUGGGCGCCCGGGGUUUCGGGCUCCGGUCUGGGCCACGCUGGUCCAGGAUGUUAUGUUCGGGCACCCUGGAAUCGCCAGCGGGCCGCUCUUCCCGCCGGGGUGAUGGUCGGUGGCAGCGAUCGGCGUUCGCCUGGACUGCGGGAGCCACGGUGGUUCUGGCCGGACUGGGACUGGCGCGGCGGGCGGAGAUGAAGGAGCAGCCUCGGCAGCAGCAGCAGCCGGAAAAGCCGUGGGAAAAGGAGGAGGAGGAGGAGGAGGAUCUGGCAAGGCUGUGCGAGAGCUUCAUGGCUCCUCCGGUGAGCGGACUGCGCGAGCUGCGGGAGCGGCGCGGAGACAUGCGGAGUCGCAUGGAGCUGCUCAUCAUGGAGACGCAGAGCCAGGUGUGCAACGCGCUGGCCCAAAUCGACCGCGGCGCUGCUUUCAUCGUGGACCGCUGGGAAAGGAAGGAAGGUGGGGGAGGCAUCAGCUGUGUACUUCAAGAUGGUGAGAUCUUUGAGAAGGCUGGUGUCAAUGUUUCAGUUGUUUUUGGACAUCUUUCUGAAGAAGCAGCUCAGCAGAUGAGAAGCAGGGGGAAAACUCUGAAGACCAAAAGCGGAAAAUUGCCUUUCUGUGCUAUGGGAGUGAGCUCUGUCAUUCAUCCAAAGAAUCCUUACAUUCCCACUAUACACUUCAAUUACAGAUACUUUGAAAUUGAAGAUGCAGAUGGUACUAAACAGUGGUGGUUUGGUGGUGGAACAGACCUUACACCAACUUACUUGAAUGAAGAAGAUGCUGUUCAUUUUCAUAAAACUCUGAAGGAUGCCUGUGAUCAGCAUAAUCCUGAGUUAUAUCCUAAGUUUAAGAAAUGGUGUGAUGAAUAUUUUUACAUCAAGCACCGUGGAGAACGGCGGGGAAUAGGAGGCAUCUUCUUUGAUGACUUGGACUCACCUUCAAAAGAAGAAGUUUUUCAGUUCGUGCAGAGUUGUGCCAAAGCUAUUGUGCCUUGUUACAUUCCCAUUGUGAAGAAACACUCCCGGGAUACAUUCUCACUAAAAGAAAAGUUAUGGCAGCAGAUCCGUAGGGGGAGGUAUGUGGAAUUCAAUCUUGUGUAUGACAGAGGCACAAAGUUUGGCCUUGCAACACCAGGGUCAAGGAUUGAAAGUAUUCUUAUGUCUCUGCCACUCACUGCCAGGUGGGAAUAUAUGCAUUCGCCGCCAGAGAAUUCCAAGGAAGCAGAAAUCCUAGAAGUUUUGCGCCAACCCAAAGACUGGGUGCAGUGAUUAGAAUGCUGACCAUUCUAAUCGAUAAAGAAAGCGAUAAAGAAAGGACUUGCUCUGCUGACCAUUCCCAAAUCUACCUGUCACUGCAUGGCAGUUAAUGAAUGUUUACCUAUUCUCUCACCUCAUGCCUUAGGAAUAGUAUUAGAUUUUGUCAUAUGUAAGUGCUCUCUUAGAACCCACAUAUUGCUCCUUUGUAGAUUCUUGAUCAUUUGUAUUAGUGUAACUGUAAAGGUCUGAGUGAAAAUCACGUUAAGGCAAGAGGAGUUGCACUCAGAACGUAAUCAGCACAGACUGAAAUGAAAUGCUGCAAGUUACUGAGGUAUAGACUCCAUGCCUGUUUCAGGGACUUACACACUCUUACUUACUUUUUGCAAUAGGAACAGUUGUUGACAAAAGGCGUUAGCCCAAUUUAGCCUUAAGUUGCCUGCAGUGUUUUUGCCUCCUUGCCAAACCACUUUCCAGGACAAUGAUUCAUUGAUUUAAGCUAAAAUGCUGCUCCAUUUGACAUAAUUUGCUAAAUUGCAGAGAAACAUCUGCGUUGGCUACUAUCAAUUGUGGGGAAAAAACCUAAUUUACAGAAUAAGUGGAUAAAUUACCUUGGUAGAACAAAACUUUGCCUGUAACUAUCCACACCUUGAUUGCAGAUGAAAAGCAGCAUGGCCUUUUAUCAGGGACCCAAGUUCCUAGCUUUGCAUAUGCACAGCACCUGGCACAGUGAGUUUUUAAUGAAACAGUUACAUUUCUGUAGAACUAAUUUUGAUAAAUGUAGAUUCAUAGAAGUGUAAACCCAUAAUGUUUGAAUAGUUGAACACACUGGAACUUAAAUUCAGGAAAAGAAUAAGGUGGUGUUGUAUCUCAGGUAAGCCAUUUUUUUCUCACAUGCUCUCUUGUCUUUUGUGAAACGUGCUUGGGAGAAGAUAAAGUUCCUAUAAGAGGUGUUCAUUGCCACGUUGGUUAUAAUCAAUAAUGUAUAAAACAUCUGUGCAUACAUGCGCAAACAUACACUCUUUGCUGAGACAGUCACAGAGAAAUGUUUCCUUCAUACACUGUGUACUUGAUAGUCCAAAUAAAGUUUUCAGUUUUCCAGGAUUAAAUAACUAAUGGAAAGGAAUAUAUCUGAGACAGAAACAAGCUUCUGCAGGAACAAAAAUCACCAGUGCUUAAUUUUGGCCAACUUUUUAUAUUGUUGGCAGUAGAGACUUAAAUCCCCAGAUAAUCCUAUUCAUGCUUUCUUGAAACUAAGCCAAUAAAAAAGGGUUUUCAGUAGUAGUGGAUGGAAGUGCAAGCUUUUGUAGGUUAACAGUGGUUUAGAUCUAGAAAAAUGUAAAACUCUCCAUUCACAGCUGGACUAACCAGAUUACUUCUCAGCAAGCCCUCUGUCUCCUCCCUAGGCUGCUUCUAAGGAGAUAUGGGCUGCAUUAGGAUGAAGAAAUGAAGGUGCUCCUGUGUCUGAAAGAUAUCUCUGAAUCCAAACCACUGUGCCUAGGUACAACUUGGUGUUUUGUAUAUUGGCAACAAAUAAUAAAAGUGAAAAACCACACAACAUUUAAGAAAGAUUUUGGUGCCUCAACUUAGAAGGAAUGACUACAUCCAUAUCACUGCAGUAGGUUCCACAUGUUCUGGCUUCUGGAACAACAAGCAAUCCAUAGCAGUUGUGGCAAACUGCCCUUGAGGUUCAACAAAACACUCUUGAGAAUCUCUCUUGGUUUUGUCUACUACAUAGAUCUUUGGCAUUAUCAGACAAUCUGAAGGGAAAGCCAUGAGUAUUUCUCAGAAAUCUCAGUAACAACUCUAACACUAAGGAAAGUUCAUUGAACUAUAUAUUUUUAAACACAUCUAAUGGAAGGGUAUAAUUCUAUGCUCAUUAAUGGAAAUAUGUCUUGUUGAAAAUGAGACAUUUGUAAAAACGUGUAUGGGUCUUUUGUUUUCAGCUUUUAUCAGCUUCAGAAAAUGUUUCCAUAAGGUGAAACCAACUUUUUCAUACUACUUAUUUCUUGAUUAGUUGUGGGCAUCUUUAAACUUUCCUCAGUGAUAAUUGGUUCAGAAAAUGGAGAAAUCUAGGAUCGUAGUACAGAUAAGCAGGUAUCUCAAGCUGUAUUGUAGAGAAUACUUUCUCGUGAUUGGUAUUUUCUAGACUUGGCUGGUGUUCUGAGGACAUUCCUUAGUUUGACAUCUUUUUCCAGCAUCGUGUUCCAAGAGUGCUGCUAAUAAACAUGCAGGAGUCACUAACUUUAUUACUUUUAAAAAACUUAGACCUCAGAUUUGCAGCUGUAUUUUAAAACAUUGUGUAUCAGUUUUGAAAAAGAACAAAGAUUUUCUUAAUUUUUGCUUUUAUUUUUCUCCUGGAUUUUUGCAAAAUUGAAAAUGUGUUUUGUACUGUCACAAUAUGCUGUUGAUACGCUCUUUUUGCCAUUGGGAUCUUUAUUUCUUCUCUAUUAUAAAACCAAAAGUGAAUAAAGGACUUGGAUCUACA